AUGUUUUUACUUCAGAAGUUUGCUUUGAAAGUCAGUGACAUGGGGAAAACGAGAAAGUUUGCCGUGAUGGUUUAUAACUUACAGGAAUUGUCAUCAAAAUGUAAGAAGCUGUUUAACCUGGAAGAACUAGAUACCAAUAUACGCUUCUUAUUGGAGGACAACACAGAGAUUGCAGACAAUGAAUUCUUAGACACACUGGAAGGUGGGACGUUGAUAUAUUGUGCAAUGCCAGGGGAUACUCUUGAAGAGAAAUCUAAAGAUACUUCCCCAAGGAAAGCAGAGUCAACAGGUGUCGCCAAUGAAGAUGCUCGGGUUAUGAAGUUGAUUCAAGACUUAAGAAGAAAUAAAUCGGACAAGCCCUCGGUAGCUUCUCAUUCACAAAAAGACAGACACAUACUGGUUCAUGUUGGUUGGAUGGACUACUCUUUCAAGGAGUCGAGAUUUAAGCUAGUAAAGACAUCAAAGCAGAGACCGAAUUCAGGUCCUCAGACCAAAAAAUUUGAAACCACUGCAACCCUCGAAAAUGUGGAGGAGCAACUAAAAGGAAUUUAUUUCCCAUGUAGAAGAAGUGUGUAUGGCCAUGAAAGUAAAUUUAGGUUUUUUGUGGCAAACUACAAUGGGGAAAAAAUUGAGCCCUUUAUAACAGUUGGGGAAUACUUCAAAGAAAGAAGAACGGGCCAAAAAAGACUAUACCUCUUCUCUAGACUGAAGUCUCCACUGACUGUACAGGAUUUACAUAGCAGCUCAGACUCAGAUGAUUUUGAUUUACCAAGCAUUUCCUUCAAGAAGAGAACAACCACUGCCACAUCUACUGUUACUUCAGCGGAUGCUUUAGAUGGAGAUGGUGAAGCUGGAAGCACAAUAUCAACGUUAAAUGAGGAAGUCACACAAGAAGUUCAGGCAUCACAACCAAGUCACAACCAAGUUCAGUAUGUUGCUGAAACACCUUCGUUGAUCCAAGUCACACAGGAAGUGCAGGCACCAAGUCCGAUCCAAUAUGUUGAUGAAACACCUUCUCGCCAGUUGCAGGUUGGUUCUCAGUCUGAUGUGCUGUCUACAUUCGAACAAGCAGGAACCCCUACUGUGGCUUUAAGAUCCCGACUUUGCAUCGUCUGCUUCGAUCGAGAACCAACAUCAUACUAUUUUCCCUGUGGACACACCUCUUGUCUCCCAUGUGCUUUACACUUGUUUGAAAAUACCACUGCAAAGAAGUGCCCAACAUGCCGGCAGACAAUAAACUCCAUAAGAAACAUCUACAAUGACAUUUAAAGAAUUACUAUGUGCCAUUGACAGUUGUCUAAAAUUGUUAUAUUCUUUUUAUAUUUUUACUUCCACCUGAGCACAAAAUACUGACAGGGUGAGCUAUAUUGUGGGCCUGUGUCUGUCGUCUUUCCUGCAUAUGUGCAUUAGUCAACCAUCAACAAUUUCUUCAUUUGAUUACAUAUUGUCACGUCCAAUUUGAUAUCAGAUGGUAUUAGUUACAAUUUGUAACAGCACUUGUAGUUUCAAGAAGCAUCCUCAUGAUUAGUUUAGUUAUUUUAGAAAUACAAAAAAUGUGCUAUUUUUCUUAGUUUUUAAUUUUUACUAAACAAAUGAUUUUAUUGUUAGCUUUUAAAGAUUUAAAGUUACUGAAUAUUGUGUUCUUUUAUAAUUCAAUCAUGCUCAACCACCUGCACAAGACAUGUGCAAUGUUUUUUAUGUUUCAGAUUUUAUAGUUAUUCUGUAGUUGUGCUAUGUCUUAUUAAUUGUUUGCUUUGUAAUAGUUAAAAUGACUAUUGUGUAGUUAUUGUGUCACAAGAAACAGUUGUUAAAAUAUUGUAUUAUUUGGAUGUUUAUCGUUGCAUCAGACUUGAUUCUUCCAGUCAGCAAAAUUACAGACUUCGAAACAUCUUUAUCAUUUGAUAUACAUCUUUAAAACUCUAAAUUGUAAGGUGUUACUAACGCUUUAUGGUCAAAAUUAGUCUAAUUUUAUAUUUACACUUCCUUUUUCGAUAUUUAAUGCUUUUUUCUUGAUACUUGAUUAUGAAUUCAGCUCUGAAUGUCAUACAAUUUAAGAAAACUCUUAGAAAAGGGAAUAUAAAAAUUUAUUUACGCAAAUCUAUGGGGGUCAUAUGUUUUUCCUUAAAUGUAUAUAAUAAACCCUUAAUAAAAAUUUCUUCUCUGAAUUGGUAAAGGUUACAGGUUAUAGAUUGUUGGCAUGACCUCUACCAAGAUUGUUCAAAUAAUGGCCCUUGGGUCAAAAUUAAAAAUAAAUGAUAUAUUUGGUAUGUGAUAUCCAUAGGUCCUCUACCAAAGUUUUACAAAUGUAUAUUUAUUUAUCUUUUAAAAUGGGCUUUCUUUUUUAAAUUAUAGAUAAUUAAUUUCAAUCUUUUAGCUAUCAAACGACUGUGGUAUUAGACAAAACUAGUGUCAAUGGAUCAAUCAACAUUGUUAAAAUUUUGGCACUCAUUUAAUGUUAGUCCUCUACUUGAGUGUCCUCAAUUCCCAGAAAAAUAUUUAAAACAUUUAUUAAAACACAAGGAAGUGCAUUUAUCUAGUCAUCAGGUGAGUGCUUUGGGUGGGACCUAUGGCCCCCAUUGUUCAUACUUAAUUUUGGCUCAAAGCAUAUGACCUGUAUGAUGAAAGAACAAGUUGAAACUUUAUAGGAAGAUGUAACACAUAAUUUAGAGGUACAGUUUAGUUGAAGUUUUACUCAAUAUUUGUGUUUUUUGCUAUGUAAAUAGUCUAUCUUUGACAUAACUGUCAAAUUAAGCCACCAGCACAAAACAUGUGCUUUUGCUUUAGUUUGUAGCUUUCAGAAGUUGAAAUUUAUUUGUACUGUUAAGGAGACAGCUGUCUAUAAUUUAAACGGAUUACACCACUUGUUUUUAUUGUACCUAGGAAAGGUUUACAUGACAUGGUUUUUUUUUAUUUUUCCUCUUCUGUUUUCCUUAUUUUACCU